UUCGAGGUCACGGCACUACGUUUACUGACGUAUAAGCAAACGUCCUACGCUGGACAACUUUCAAUGUAAAGUGUAAAGGUGCUAUUGAAAUGGGUUUUUUUUUGUUGUUGUUGUUGUGGUUUGGUUUUGUUGGUUUGUUUUAUUUUGUUUGAGGUUUUUUAUUUUUUUAUUAUUUUUUAUUUUUUAAGUCGUUUAUUGACCCUGGACACAAGCAUGGUAGUAUCAGGGUGUGAGCAAAUUAAUUAAACAUGUUGUUUUUUGUGUGUUUUUUUUUGUUUACACAGAUGAAAAUAAUGAGGAAUAUAAUCAUGUAAACGUGGAAAACUCAAAGAAACAAGAGCGACAAGGUAACUCGAUGUACCCGCCGCCCCCUCUCGAGUCUCAGCCUCGCCUCAAGACCCGCCCCGUAUUUAAAGAUUUACGACAGUUUAUGAGGCGUCCGGGCAGACCUAAAAAGACUACAGCAUCAACAUCAGACGGGGAGUUACCUACACCAACUACAAUAGAGGAAGAACACAACUUCAGUCCUGACGUCAGCAGCGACUUCACGGACUACAGCAGUGGGUAUCAGGGCAGCGGCGCCAAAUUCUCCAGUCAGGAAAUGAAGGAAGUCGAAGAAAUCAACGCCGUCAACGCUGUGGAAGAAAUGACUGGCGUCAACCACGUCAGUGACGUAAACGCCGCCGAAGAUAUCAACUUUAUGAGAGACAUGAACGAUAUUUACGCGGUGGUCAAACGGAAACGGAAGAAUCCGAAUAGAUACAGAUGCACGGACGGAAAUUUUCAUGACAGUACAACGGUACAUGAAUCGGAAGAGAGCGAGAACGAGCAAUCAGAUGACGUCAGAACAUCUGUAUUGUAAUUAUUUGUAUUUUGCGUUUAGUGUUCAGGCCCAUAGGAACCAGGAGGUGCCUCCACUUGAGGACGAAAAUGUUUUUAUUGUCAUAUAUUAUAAUAACUUUGUUAUUCUAUGUAAAUAAAUAUUUAACAUGUGGCUUGUCCUCCACCCCCUCCCCUCACCCCAGAGAGUGUGGCCCCAUGAACAGAUAUUGUGACACCACUCCCCAUAUCGUUCUUACGGACCUUUUUAUU